GACGUCAUCAAGAGACAUUAAACAUGGCCGACAGCGACUGAACUGAUCGAAAAGUGUUGGUCAAAUCUACGAAGUUCAUAGUCUGUGCUGCAGGUAUUCGGACUUUAUUGUGCAGUUUGACUGUGUUAUUAUAUUUGGACACAUCCCACACAUGAGUUGGAGGGUGAAGUUGAGUUUGUUCGUCCGUAAAGGCCGCACUAAACCGGGCAUUAGCCCGCAGCAUUAGCCACGUUAGCAGCCGGACCAGCGCCUGCUUUUGUUUUUGUCGGGGGGUGAAAGCGAAAGGGCUGACAUUGUGAAGCGUUUUUAGAUUUUUUAGUUCGCCCUUUUCUUUUAAAAAAGAAGUACACGUUUUACUGAACUGGACUGUGUAACGUUAGCUAUUCAGUCAGACUGCGGAGCUUUUUGUGUUGUAUUGAGGGUGGGGUCCAGCCUGUCGUGCAGCGUGUUGCCCGUGCUAUUCAUUCAACGCCAACUUCGCAACAAAGCAAUACUUUUUAGAAGACGGACACAUUGUCACGUUGAGCGGCUGGACUGUACCGGUGUGAACAUUACGCCCAGGAAUCAUGGAUUCAAAGCGCUCACACGGCAAACCCCAAACAAGCGGCGGAGGCGGCGGCAGCAGCGGCGACUCCAGCUGCGGCAGCCCCGCGUCCCCCUCCAGCAGCCCCGCGCUAGCAUCGAGCAAAACCCCGGUGCCCGGGGGAAACGCGUUCGCUAACGACGGCAGCUUCAUGGAGAUGUUCAAGAAGAAGAUGGAGGAGGAGAAGAGGAAAAAGGAGACGCAGCAAACAGUUGGAGAAGCGAGAGACACCGAGCAAGGACAGACUUCAGUGGAAAAGAAGCCCCCUCCCGUGACGAGCUUUGUAAGGGGUUUGGCAGUUGUGGGGAAGCGCAGAGGCGGAGUGUUCCUAAAGACCGGCAUGGUUGCAAAGAAGCAGAAACACGACACAGAGGCUGAACCAGGCAAGAGAGAUGCUUGGUCAAAGUACAUGGCUGAGGUCAAAAAGUACAAAGCCCAUGAGUGUGGUGACGACGAUAAGACCAGACCUCUGGUCAAGUAGGCCCCGAAAGGCAAACGUGAAGCGACAAUGUUUUGAGGGGAAAACCGUCUGGGAGAAGCUCCGGGAAGGCCGGCUAGUCCUGACCUUCUCACACUGCCAGUUCAUGUUACCCUUUCACAUCAAGUCUUUCACAAACUGCUGAGAUUGACCAACCGGUUUCUCCUUUUGUAUUGUUUUUUUUUUGUGUUGCUUGUUAUUUGUUGGACUGGUAAUUAGAUCUGGUGUCAAAAGCUGUUUCAGAAACUUGGCGAACAUUAUUGAUCAGUGUUAAAUAUUUUCAAAUUUGUCAUGUCUGGGUUGAGUUAGGGUUCACUGAUAAUUGAAGUUUGAUUUAAUAACCAAAUGAAGUUGUCAAUUAAAUCUACACUGCCCAUUAA